AUGGCUAUCUGGCUCCAAGGCCCCGGCUCCGGCGCCAUCGCCGACCCGGCCCUCAAAAUCCGCCCGGACAGAGGCGGCGCCAUCGUGCAGCCAUCCAGACCCGAUGCAAAGCAGGGCGCCGUGCACUUCAUCCUCCCUGCCCCACCACGAGAGAACCCCAACAUAACCUCCGUCGCCGUUGACUUCGAGACCGAUAAGGCAUAUGUUGACGCCGUGGCUAUUCGCUUCGCCAACAUGGAGGCAUUCCGGGAACGGUUCCCCGGUCCCAAGACUUCGUCCUUUGCCGUUAAAGUGCCUCCGGGAGAGGCGGAGUAUAAUGGGCGGGGUGUUGUUGUUACUGUUUAUGUGAAGUUUAGGGAGUUCAGGGCUGUCGUUGAUUUUGAUCAGGUGAGGAUUGCGGUUGAGUAG